CCUGUGCGGACUGUUUGUUGGUUCUGCUGUUGUCAGACAGCGUUGGCAGGUGGAGGCGUCUGCUGUGUACUUUGGACAGAGAGGGGGUACUGCGGCCCCUCUCCUACAGCCGGUCUUGCUGGAUCCUGAGCCCAUAUACAGCUCGGGGCAGGGGGAUGCCGAAAUGUCCCUCAUUUGCCUGUCAGACUAUGAAGCCUACGCUAAAGAUCACUUACCUAAAGCCACUUGGGAAUACUACGCCGCAGGAGCUGACGAUUGCUGCACGCGGGAUGACAACUUACUCGCUUUCAAACGGAUUCGUCUGCGGCCUCGGAUGCUGCGAGAUGUGUCGGUGACGGAUACUAAGACCACAGUUCUAGGUACUGAGAUCAGUGCUCCAAUCGGGAUAGCGCCCACAGCCUUCCACUGCUUGGCGUGGCCGGAUGGGGAGAUGAGCACAUCCAGAGCGGCGGAGGCUAUGGACGUAUGCUACGUCGCCAGCACCUACUCCACCUGUUCCGUGGAGGAGAUUGUGACGGCUGCUCCCACCGGUUUCAGAUGGUUCCAGUUGUACGUAUACCGCGACCGCAAACUAUCGGAGCAGCUGGUGCACCGGGUGGAGGCGCUGGGCUUCAAGGCGCUGGUUCUGACCGUGGACGUUCCGUACACCGGCAAGCGCAGGAGCGACAUCCGCAACAACUUCCGUCUCCCGCCGCACCUCAAGGUCAAAAACUUUGAGGGGGUAUUUGAGGACCACUGUGGCCCUGAUAAUUAUGGGGUCCCAGCUAACACCCUGGACGCGUCCAUCAGUUGGAAGGACAUCUAUUGGCUAAGGAGCCUGACCCGCCUGCCAAUCAUCAUCAAGGGAAUAUUGACCAAGGAGGACGCAGAGCUGGCCGUGGAACAUGGCGUGCAAGGGAUCAUUGUGUCCAACCACGGGGGCCGACAGCUGGACGGGGAGCUGGCCACGGACUUGUGUCCACAGAUUGAUGCCCUGUCGGAGAUCGUGGAUGCAGUCCAGGGCCGGAUUGAGGUGUAUAUAGACGGAGGGAUCCGGACAGGGAGCGAUGUCCUGAAGGCGUUGGCUCUGGGAGCAAAGUGCGUCUUCAUUGGUCGACCCAUCGUCUGGGGUCUCGCGUACAAGGGAGAAGAGGGCGUCCGGGGGGUGCUGCAGAUCCUGACUGAUGAAUUCCGUCUGUCCAUGGCACUCUCGGGGGCCCGGGGCCACACAGCCGUGACGGUUCUCCAAGGAGACAUCUGUGACGUGGAAUUCCUCCAUAAAUCCUGCCGGGGGGUGGACCUGGUCAUUCACACAGCAGCCAUUAUCGAUACGGUGGGCAAAGUCAGCAAGGAGACGCUCAUAGCCAUCAACGUGACAGGUACGGAGAAGCUUCUGGAGGCCUGCGUGCAGAACAACGUGCGGCACUUUAUCUACACCAGCAGUAUUGAGGUGGUGGGCCCCAAUACCCGAGGUGACCCCAUCGUAGACGGGAAUGAGGAACUGGUGUACGAGAGUAACUUGGGAUUCUGCUAUGGACAGAGCAAGAGUCAGGCCGAGCAGGCCGUGUUGAGGGCCAAUGGCCGGGAACUCCAAGAUGGAGGAACUCUCGCCACAUGCUCCCUGCGGCCAACGUACAUCUUCGGAGAAGGGUCUCAGUUCCUGCUGCUGCACCUCGACCAGGCUGUACUAAAUGGCAGCGUGUUCCACCGCAUCUCGAGGAAGGAAGCCUUGGUCAAUCCCGUGUAUGUGGGUAAUGUUGCCUGGGCGCAUAUACUGGCUGCUCGGGCAAUGAGAAACCCGGACAGGGCUAAAAAAGUUGCAGGAAACUUUUACUACAUCUCUGACGACACCCCUGCUAUGAGCUACUCAGACUUAAAUUACGCCCUGGGCAAGGAGCUGGGCCUGGGAGUGGAGGACAGACUGGCCAUGCCAUUUCCGCUGCUCUACUUUGUGGCCUUUCUGUUGGAGGUGGCCAGUGUCCUUCUUCGGCCAUUUGUCAGGUACGUGCCGCCGUUCACCAGGCACCUACUGAUACUGCUGAAUACCACCUUCAACUUCUCCUACAGGAAGGCCCAGCGGGAUAUGGAGUACAAGCCUCGCUAUAGCUGGGAAGAGGCCAGACAGCUUACCAUGGCCUGGAUGGAGUCCGUGCUACCCCAGCGCAGGAAGCUUCUGAGUAAGAAGAAGUAGUCAUUGCAGGUGCAUGAUGGGAUGCAUGACCACGUGACCAAAGUACUAGUAUGUAUCUUGUGGCAGGCACCCUGAGGCUCUCCAGCUGUAGUGUACUCCCAGAGCAUGCUGGGAGUUGUAGUUCCAGCACACUCUCUACCUCUCCCAUAGAGGGUAUUCUGGUUAGAGGCUAAAAUAGAAAACCUAUGCCCUUAUUUAUCAAUGAGUGAUACAUUUCACUGUGAGUGAUAAAUUGCACCAGCCAAUCCGCUCCUAACUUCCAUGUCACAGGCUGGGUGUGAAAAAUGACAGUUAGGAGCGGAUUGGCUGGUGAAAUGUAUCACUCAUUGAUAAAUAAGGGCACUAGUAUGCAUUGCAAUCAGUGAUAGUCACCAGAAGUGAUCUAAAGGAAGGAAAGCUAGGAGUUGCUGCCGCUACCCCCUUCCCAAUCUCUCCUGGUGCCCCCUACUGCAGUGACGCACUGUUCUGCCCCUGAGUAAUAGGGAGAAGUUUAAUUACAUUAGAGGGGAGAUGUACCAAGCCUUGGAGAGUGAUAAAGUGGAGACCUUGGUGGUCAUUCCGAGUUGUUCGCUCGCUAGCAGUUUUUAGAAGCCGUGCAAACGCUAUGCCGCCUCCCAGUGGGAGUGUAUUUUAGCUUACCAGAAAUGCGAACGAAAGGAUCACAGAGCGGCUACAAAAUAAUUUUGUGCAGUUUCAGAGUAGCUUCAGACCUACUCAGCUCUUGCGAUCACUUCAGACUGUUCAGUUCCUGUUUUGAUGUCACGAACACGCCCUGCGUUCGCCCAGCCACGCCUGCGUUUUUUCAAACACUCCCUGAAAACGGUCAGUUGACACCCAGAAACACCCACUUCCUGUCAAUCACUCUGCGGUCAGCCGUGCGACUGAAAAGCUUCGCUAGACCUUGUGUGAAACUACAUCGUUCGUUGUAAUAGUACGAUGCGCGUGCGCAUUGCGCCGCAUAUGCAUGCACAGAAGUGCCGGGUUUUUUUGCCUGACCGCUGCUCAGCAAACGAAAGCAGCUAGCGAUCAACUCGGAAUGACCCCCCUUGUGAAAGUAACUAAUCAGCUCCUGUCCUUUCAUAGACGUUUGGUACAUCUCCACCACACUGUGUGCAGCGCUGGCAGUUAGACAUCUCUGUACAUAGCCUACGUACGGUAUAGCAGUCUAUAACGCCGGUAUCCCACCCUGGUAAGUGCAGCGAUCAUUAGAGAGUACCAGGUGCUUAUUAUACAGCGGUCUCUGCAUGGUGACAUUUAGUGUUAGCAGUGAGGGCACAGAUAUCACAUGUGGGCAAUAUAUAGAUCACUUAAUCCGUCACGGGGAAUUUGUAUGAUCAUUAAUAUAGAAUGUUCUAUGAUAUAAAACAGAAUUUGUAGCAAAUGAAUAAUAAAUGAUGAAACAAUGACGAUAAAAUCUGACACAAUGUAAAAAUUCAAAUAAAAUGACAUAAAAAUGAAUAAACGGAUAUAAUGAAA